AUGACGGAUGCUUCGGUGGCAUUCCUGCUCGAUGACCUCCAUGAACUACUCAUUAACCAUGCCCAUCUGAUCAAGGACAACAAGAAAGAUCUCGAGAGUCUCGAAAAGCAACUCCGCGAUCUGAAAACCUUUAUAAGAAAUACGGAGAAGAAGCGGAUAAAGGAUGAUGAGCUGAUCCGGAACAUCCGCUGUGCGGUUUAUGAAGCUGAAGAUGUGAUCGAUGCCUUUGUCGACGCAGUCCAAAGGUCCUACUUUGAAGCAUUGGAGUUCGAGAGUUCAUACUUGUCAAAGAGGGCGGCGAGUAUAGUCUUCCCCAAAUUCUGGAGGUCUUCUUGGUUCAGUAUCACCGGCAUCGGGAAAAAGGUCAAGGAGGUCACCCAGAACUUGAUGAGUUUGAUGGAUGGCGCUCAUAGCCUUAACAUCGAUGAUGAUGGAGACAAACACGAAAACUCUAAGGAUCUCAUGGUAAGACAAGAGAAUGUGGCCGGUUUUAAAGAUGAGAUGAAUGCAGUAAUUGGAUAUCUCACUGAACAAACUGAUGAACUCGAUGUUAUCACGAUGGUUGGCAUUCCCAGAAGUGGCAAGAAAACGUUAGCACGAAUGAUUUUUGAUGAUUCAAAAAUCAAGUAUGAAUUCACGACCCGCAUAUGGGUUGAUGUUUCGAGUGAGUUCAAAGAGAGAGAUAUCUUGCUCACCAUCUUGAGUAGUUUCACCGCCAUCAAUGAGGAUGUAAAAGGAAAAAGUUAUGAGGCACUAACAGAUCAAUUGAUUUCGCACCUAGAGAGUGAGAAAUUCUUGAUCGUCUUGGCUGAUAUGUGGUCUCUUAACGAUUGGGAUAGCCUCCGAAUCGCUCUACCAAAGCCGGGCAAAGUAUUGAUCACCACUUGUAAUGAGGAAGUAGGGCGGUAUACUAGCAACUUUAGACAGCCCCACAAGGUGAGGCCCUUGUCUGAAAGCGAGAGUUGGGAGCUACUCCAGCUAAAAGUUUUCGGUAAGACUGAGUGCCCUCCCAAGUUGGAAACUGUUGGACAACUAAUCGCCAAGCAAUGUGAGGGGCUACAGUCUUUAGUAGUGUUCAUGGCAGGUAUUCUUGAAAGAAAUGACUUAUCAUAUGGAGAUGAUAUCAUGGCAAGGAGAAUUGCGUGGAUGGAAACGUGUCGAAGCAUCUCAGAAUAUCGUAGCAUGAAGCUUUACGAUAUUCUUCCCACUCACAUGAAGCUUUGUUUUUUGUAUUUAGCCGCCUUCCCGUAUGACCUUGAAAUCGCAGCAGGAGAGUUGAUAAGCAUGUGGAUUGCAGAAGGAUUUAUAGCUCCACAAAAUGGUCUCACUUUGGAGGAGUGUGCAGAAAGGUAUUUGGAGGAUCUUAUCCGCAUAAACUUAGUCAUGUGUGCACGCUUUAAAGCUAAUGGUAAAGUUAAAACUUGUCGUAUUAAUCGCAUGCUACAUGAUUUUUGCAAAAAAGAAGCCGGUAAAGAGGGAGAGGAUUUACUCACAGAAAUUAAGUUUAUCGAUGGGGAGUUCUACCCUCCGAUCUCUCGAUUGUCAUACCAUCAUCGUCUUUCCAUUCAUUCCAAUAUUUCAGAUUUCUUUUCCCACAAGCCCUUCUGUCCUCGUACCCGUUCCUUGUUUGUUUUCUCCAAGGACGAAGUGUGUUUGUCGCAAGAAAUUAUAUCAUCUAUCCCAACAGCCUUCAAACUACUAAGAGUUUUAAAUGCUAAGCAGAUCCAAUUCACUCAUAUUGCUUCUGAUAUAGGCGAAUUGUUGCACUUGCGGUACCUUGCUUUGUCCUCAAAUCUAAGUGUUCUUCCUGUUUACUUCUCGAACUUCUGGAACAUACAAACUCUUAUAGUCAAUACAACAUCUCCUACCCUUGAUAUCAAACCAAAUAUCCUGAAGUUCACAAAGUUGAGGCACUUCAGGACUAAUGCUUCCGCUAAUUUGUGCAAGGUUGAUACAGCUCACGACGGUGGUGUAAAACUUCAAUCAUUAGCCACUAUUUCACCGAAAAGUUGCACAAAAGAAACAUUCAGUAGGGCUAGUAAUUUGAAGAAACUAGGCAUUUGUGGGAAAUUGUCCUUGCUUUUGGACAAAAAGAUUGAAUCAUUUGAAAAUUUGGCGGCAUUGGGUAAUCUUGAAAACUUGAAGCUAGUUAAUGAUGCAUAUCCAAAUCCACCUUCAGAAGGUCGACUGCAUAGCCUUCCCCCAUAUAAUGAUUUUCCACCAACACUGAAGAGCCUAACGCUAGUUGCUACUUAUCUUGAAUGGAGUCAAAUUCGUAUCCUAGAACAUCUGGAAAAUCUAGAGGUGCUCAAGUUGAAAGAAAUGGCAUUCGUGGGAGAGAGUUGGAUAACAUGUGAUGGAUGUUUCAGAAGUCUUAAAGCCUUGCAUAUUGCAGAAACAAAUUUAAGCACUUGGGUAGCUUCUGCCAGUUACUUUCCAGAACUUAGAAGACUCAAGCUGCGCAAUUGUGAUCAACUUAAAAACGUGCCGAUUGAACUAGCUGACAUAGCAAGUCUCCAACUGUUGGAUUUGUAUGAAACUAAGCUUGCUGCAGACUCUGCUAGGAGAUUUCUCGUAGAAAAGCAAAGUCUUCUCAAAGAGCGAAGUAUGGAUACUGAAGAUUUCACGCUAUCCAUUUAUCCUCUAUCCUCAUAUGAACAAGAAGACUUGCAAGGUGACACACAUGCAACAUGUCAUGUUGAAGGCGAGAUCGAACCAUGCCAAGGGGAAGGCAUUGACGUCGAAGUGAACCAACUGCAUCAAAUCGAGAUACAUACAGUCGACAAAGAAGAUCGAAGAGCCAAGAGAGAUAUCAAACAUUGUGGGUCAAGAAAGAAGAUAAUAAAUGUGCCAAGAUGUAGGAGAAGGAGUGGGCUGCGUGUGAUACGAUUACAGCAAGCCCAAGCCAAACGUCAGUCCAAGGUUCACCUACACCAAACCCGAAGCCAGUCUGCACAUCUUCACACUAGUCGUCAGCAUGGACCGAGGCUAGACCUUGGUGCAACAUCAAUACAUCCAAGAGUUUCAUAGACUACGUCUGAAACGUUUGUUUGUUUUAUUUAAUAAUAUAGUAAUGAGUUUUGUAAGUUUCUUUCCCGGAUCGCAAAAGAAAGUUGAACCGCAUAGAGUAGGUAGAUAGUUCUGUAAAUGUGACUUUCUAGAAACUAUAGUACUUUCAUUCUCGGAGUACGUGAAGAGGAGCCAACGAUCGUGCGGGAGGAGGAACCAAUGGUCGACGGGGGACCGUCGCCCAACAGAGAGAAGGCCGAAGAACCCAACACCAAGCCCGACAGCAAGACUAAGGCCAGGAAGAAGCCGGCCCAGCCAAGGAAUGAACGUCCAAGGCGCAACGCGCCGCGGCCCAGCAAGUACAAGGAUUUUGUGUCAAGAUAAUAAGUUAGAGUUUAUUUCCUUUCCUUUUUCUAGAGAUAUUGUCUUUUAUUGUGAGAAUCGUUUUUAAUUAUUUAGUUAGAUUGCGUCAAAUCUUUUCGGGUUUUCUUCUUGAUUCUUUCCCGAAUCGUAAGUCGGAAUCAAGCCAGGGGGAAUUCUAUAUAUUAUAGAAUUCCCAUAGAUCGAGUCUUAAGAUAUAAGUAAUAAAAUUUAUCUUAUUGUCUCAA